GGAGAAGUUGCAUCAAUUAUGUUGCUCCAACACUAUUUACAUCAUCACAGAUCAACCCGACGUCAUAUUGUUAUCUCUCAAGGCUUGCACACCGCUCUAACGUGUUGGACAAGUAGUAAGAGAUACUCAUAUCAUCUGUCAGAUGAAGUGACCAGAUCCAAUAAUAGUCAAACAGUACAGAUUAGAAGUUGACCUUUUUUCAGUUCACUUUUAUCUUCACUCUUCCUUGCCCUAUCCAUUGAGCAAUAAUACCAUUUUGAACUCCUAGAAACCAGAGCAGCACGCAUCACACACAAUGACAGCCUUGUCCUCUUCCCUUCACCGCGACAAUCAGCAAAGUCUUCCGAGGAGGGCGUCUUCAAAGAGUGAUAGAAGGCUUGCAAGCGGUGCACCUAAUGUCUCAACUUCUUCGUCCACUGCCUCUCAAUCAACCCUUGGAGAUUAUAACCUUGAAGGUGAAGAAUUACCUUACUCGGAGACAUUGGAGAAGAAAAAGAGGAAGUACUCGGAGAAGCUGUAUCAGUGGACUCAGGAGAUGUGGAACAAUACAAAACAAGACAUGGAUCGUCGUUCCUCGGUAUCAUCUUCAGAGGACUCCGCCGACAUCUACAAAGCCCACAAUGAAUCCAAAUAAUGCAAUCGACUUGCUGGUACCUCCAUCUUGUCCAUGGGGAUUUCGUGUUCGCUUUCCACAUUAUCGGCAUAGCUUCAUGGAUGGGUCGUUGUCAUCUGUAAUAUAAUACCCACAGCGAAUUUAAUCGUGUCUAUAGAUUUUGAGAAGUUAUUGUAAGCAGUCAACGGUGUAGCCUAUGCAAUAGAUUCUG